UUCACAUGCCUGCUUAGUUGGCAGAGUAGUGACUGCCUAGCUUAGAGUUAAGUGUUAUAAAUUACAUUAUUCCUUGUUUUUUUUCAGACAUUGCUGUACAUUUGUUACAGUGUCUUUAAUCAUGAUGAAUUUGCAACUAACACAAAGAGGAGGAUAAUCCUUGUGCUAACCUCCUCAAGCUAGUCAUAAUUCACAGUGCAGCCUUAUUAGAAAGUGAAGUGUGUUAGUGAGGCAGUGGUAGUGCACCCUUUGAACCUCUGGGGACACUGCACUUGUGGAAAUGAGUGAUAAUGAUUUGGGGGGUCCAAUAGUGAUUCUUCUGCCAGAGCGUCUUGAUCCAAACUACAAGGCUGAAGCACCAAGUUCCCCCAUGAAUCCAGUGGCUGAGACCCCCGAGUCCCACGUGAACGGGAUGACCGCCACUGUGCCCCCCGGUUCGGCCAUUAAGACCAAGAGUCGACCCCGGAAAGCACCGGAGCUCCAGACGGUUGAGCGACGGAACUGGCUCAUCCAUCUCCAUUAUGUCAGGAAGGAAUUUGAUGUGUGCAAGCAAUUAAUUCGGGAACAGCUGGAAGAAACUCGUGGCAUGUGUGAAUAUGCCAAUUAUGUCCAGGGUCUGAUACUGAGGCAAGAAGGGAAGAUUCAAGAGUCAUUUGAGUUGUUCCAGCUGUGUAACAUCCUCAACCCCAGCAGUGUGGAGAACAUCAAGCAGAUGGCCAGAGCAUUGUUCCUCUUGGGGAAGCACCGGCUUGCCGUGGAGGCGUACCUGCAGGCAGAGAUGAAGCUGGACAAGCCUGACUGGGAGCUGCACCACAACUUGGGUGUUUGCUACAUGCAUCUGAAGGAUCAUGAAGGUGCCCGGGAGCAGCUGCUGUAUGCCUUGGAGCAGAACAAGCACCAACAAACCUUUGCCUCACUCGCCAAGAUUUACCUCCUGGAGAAUGACAUCCCUUCUGCCAUCAACACUUACCGAGCUGCCAUUGAGUAUUUCCCAGAAAAUGCUGAGCUGCACACCACACUGGGACUGUUGUACAUGCAGAUUGGGAAGUAUCAGCCAGCCUUUGAACACUUGGGCACCACCCUCACCUUUGAUCCCACCAACACCAGAGCCAUCCUUGCUGCCGGAUCCAUGAUGCAAAGCCACCAAGAUUUUGAUGUUGCUCUUACCAAGUAUAGAGUGGCAGCACAGUCCAUCCCUGAGUCUCCCCCACUCUGGAACAACAUUGCCAUGUGCUUCUUUGGCAAGAAGAAAUAUGUAGCUGCAAUUAGCUGCUUGAAGAGAGCCAAUUACCUGGCACCAUUUGACUGGAAAAUCUUGUACAACCUUGGUCUGGUUCACCUCACCAUGCAACAAUACACAUCAGCCUUCCACUUCCUCUCAGCUGCUGUCAACCUGCGGCCCACCAAAGGCCACAUCUUCAUGCUCCUUGCAAUUGCUCUGACCUACCUGGAUGAUGAGGAAAAUGCACGGCAGGCUUAUGAACAAGCCGUGACUCUGGAGGCUCGGGAUCCAAGCGUCUGCCUCAAUUAUGCCAUCUUUCUUAAAAACCACGAUGACAAGGAAGGAGCUUUGAGAAUGAUCAAUGAAUUUGAAGUGAGAAUGGUGAAAUUUAGACAGUCAACUGGAGCAGAUCUGGACACUGAGGUCAUUGAAAAUGGAGCAAAACUGGCAAUGCUUCUUGGUGUAGAUGGAUCCGCCUUCCACAAGAAGUCAAGUCAUACAAGACUACGUGCCGAUGAUGAAGCCAACCAGGAACCAGCAAAGCCAGUAAAUGAGCCCCCUUCUAACUCACCACCACCUAAUGAGGAUGAAGAGAUUUCAGCAAACAACAACCUACCUGGAGCAGGCAUCAUCCUGCCACUGGACCACAGCAUUGAUCCAGCAGAGACAGAGAACCUUGACAAGAUGGAGAGCGAACUGGCAGUCACGACACACAUGCACUUCAAGGAUGAAGAGCCGGUGAUGCCCAGUGGGGACUCCCUUGAGAAAGAUCUAAAUAAUUAAUUACACAGUAAUUGAAUGAAUUGUAACUUCAAAAUAAGACAAUACCAUACCAUUAGAAGUUCCUGCAGUACUGAUGUAAUAGCUUUCACCAAAUUAAUGUAAAUUGUGAUAAUAAAGCAGCAAGACGACAA